AUGGCCACCGCCGCCCUAGAAUCCAAAAUCCGCCAAGCGGCCGUCAUAAACCGCAAACUCCUCGCCAUCCUCGCAGACACGGACAAUGCCAUCCCCGACCUCCGCCAACAACGCCGCCUCAUCACCGACCUAGACCACCAGCUCAAAGAGUCAGACAGGAACAUCCACGCUCUCGAGGGCCGCCGGAAAAAGGAACUCAAAGACCACGAAAAGUACCGCGACAGCGUCAUGCGCCGCUUCGUGCACAAGGCCGUCGGGAAGCGCGACAAAUUCAACGAGCGCGCCGCCCGCGAGGAGCGCGAGUACUUUGACGUCCUCCAGGAGGAGCACCGCGAAAAGGAGCUCAACAAGAACGUGCGGGAGCAGCUGCGUGACGCGCGCGAGGCCAGCACGUCGCUCGAGGCCGAGGCCAGACGGCACGACGAGGCGCAGUGCGAGCUCGACAGCCUCUACGAUUCGAUUUUUGCCGGCCCGACGCCGAGUUACCCCGAGGAGGACGCCCUCGAGCAGUCGGCGGAACAGGCGCUGCGCGAGUACCACGACACCCGGUCCAAAGUCGAGGCGGAGGCACACGCAAUACGUCUCUUGACGGACGCGAUGAAGCGGAUGGGCGACUCGUUGAGGCACAUGGACGACGCGCUGAGCCACUCGCGCAUGGACAUGUUUGGCGGCGGGACCAUGUCGGACAUGAUGGAGCGGAGCGCGCUGCAGCGCGCUGAGAGCGCGACACAGGAGGCGAGGAUGUUGGUGAUGCAGGCGCAGCGGAUGACGCCGUAUAUUGGCGAUUUGCCGCCGAUCAACAUCAACCACGGGAACCUGAUGGGCGACGUACUGUUUGACAACAUCUAUUCCGACAUGGCGUUCCACGACGAGAUUAAUAAGUCGAGGAUGUCGAUUGAGAAGUGUGCGCAUGUGUUGAGUCGGUACCUGCACGAGACGAGGGAUCGACGCAUGUAUCUCUCACGGGAGCAAAAGGUUCGAGGGGAGAGAUUGGAGAGUACGCGGACGGCGUUGCAGAAGGAGCGGGAGAGGUUGUUUGAGCAGAUUGCUGGUGGAGCUGUCGAAAUGGGGUAUGCGUCGUCGUCCUCGAAUGUUGUGCCGGUUGGGUUGAGAUAA